UCUCCAAGUCGCAAAGGCCUGUGGGCCGGGUCAAUGGUUGGUGAGUACAGGAGCCGGUGAGAGGAGCUGUCGCCCCCCUGAGCCCCUCCAGUCAUCGCCCAAGCCAUGGAGGCGCUUAUCCCGGUCAUUAACAAGCUGCAGGAUGUCUUCAAUACGGUCGGAGCCGACCUCAUCCAGCUGCCGCAGAUCGUGGUAGUGGGGACCCAGAGCAGCGGGAAGAGCUCUGUGCUCGAGAGCCUGGUGGGCAAAGAUCUCCUCCCCCGAGGAACUGGGAUUGUGACCCGGAGACCCCUGAUCCUGCAGCUGGUGCACGUUUCCCCCGACGACCGCCGCAAAACCUCCGGGGAUGAGAACGACCCUGAUUCCUGGAAAAAUCCAAGGCACCUUUCCAAAGGAGUCGAUGCUGAAGAAUGGGGGAAAUUCCUUCACACAAAGAAUAAGAUAUACACGGACUUUGACGAAAUCCGGCAAGAAAUUGAAAAUGAAACGGAAAGGAUUUCUGGCAAUAAUAAAGGUAUUAGCUCAGAACCGAUUCACCUGAAGAUUUUCUCUCCCCACGUUGUGAAUUUAACCCUCGUAGAUCUCCCCGGAAUGACAAAGGUACCCGUCGGCGACCAGCCCAAAGACAUUGAGGUCCAAAUCCGAGAAUUAAUUUAUCGCUACAUCGGUAAUCCCAAUUCCAUAAUCCUGGCGGUGACGGCUGCUAAUACAGACAUGGCGACGUCCGAAGCGCUAAAAAUCGCUCGGGAGUCGGAUCCGGACGGUCGGAGAACGCUUGCCGUUAUAACGAAGCUCGACCUCAUGGACGCUGGAACGGACGCCAUGGACGUUCUCCUUGGAAGGGUGAUUCCGGUGAAGCUUGGCAUUAUCGGCGUGGUCAACAGGAGUCAGCUGGACAUCAACAACAAAAAGACCGUGGCCGACUCGAUCCGAGACGAGCACGGCUUCCUCCAAAAGAAAUACCCGUCUCUAGCAAACCGAAACGGAACCAAAUACCUGGCGCGCACCCUGAACAGGCUGUUGAUGCAUCACAUCAGGGACUGUUUGCCGGAGCUGAAGACCCGGAUAAAUGUUUUGGCCGCUCAAUACCAGACGCUACUCAACAGCUACGGCGAGCCGGUGGAGGACAAGAGCGCCACGCUGCUGCAGCUCAUCACAAAGUUUGCAACAGAAUAUUGCAACACGAUCGAGGGGACCGCGAAAUACAUCGAAACGUCUGAGCUGUGCGGCGGAGCGAGGAUCUGCUACAUAUUCCACGAAACCUUCGGAAGGACGCUGGAGUCUGUCGAUCCGCUUGGGGGUCUGACCACAAUUGACAUUUUGACAGCCAUCAGAAAUGCAACGGGCCCCAGGCCGGCUCUCUUUGUGCCGGAGGUUUCUUUUGAGUUGCUGGUGAAGAGACAGGUGAAGCGUCUGGAGGAGCCGAGCUUACGCUGCGUGGAGCUGGUUCACGAGGAAAUGCAGCGGAUCAUCCAGCACUGCAGCAAUUACAGUACCCAGGAGCUACUCCGUUUCCCCAAACUCCAUGACGCCAUUGUUGAGGUUGUAACGUCUCUUCUGCGCAAGCGGCUUCCGGUAACCAAUGAGAUGGUGCACAACCUGGUGGCUAUCGAGUUGGCGUACAUCAACACCAAGCAUCCGGACUUUGCUGAUGCCUGCGGGGUGAUGAAUAAUAACAUAGAGGAGCAGAGACGGAAUAAACUAGCCCGGGACUUUCCUGCGCCGCCAGGGCCGAGAGAUAAGCCGAUCAAAGCUCCGGGGCCUCUGGCACCGGCUCCCCCGGAGCUCUCCUCUGCUGCCGCUGCUUCCGAAACCGAUGCCAAGGCAGCCCCGUCUGGGGAUAACGUCCCCGAUUCCGGAACAGGUAACUGGAGGGGGAUGUUUAAGGCCUCCAAAGGCGAGGACCCUUCGCAAGACGAGAAGAAUAACCCCGUAGCCCUUGUUCCCGCCAGCCCACACAGGGUCCACGCAGUUAACCUCCUGGAUGUGCCCGUACCCGUCGCCCGAAAGCUUUCAGCUCGAGAGCAGCGUGACUGCGAAGUCAUCGAGAGACUCAUUAAGUCGUACUUCCUCAUCGUCCGGAAGAAUAUCCAGGACAGCGUGCCGAAGGCUGUCAUGCACUUCCUAGUGAACCACGUGAAAGACACUUUGCAGAGCGAGCUCGUGGGCCAACUUUACAAAUCCAUGCUGCUCGAGGACCUCCUGACGGAGUCCGAGGACAUGGCCCAGCGCAGGAACGAAGCUGCGGAUAUGUUAAAGGCCUUGCAGAGAGCCAGCCAGAUCAUCGCGGAAAUCCGAGAGACGCACCUUUGGUGAGCGGAGGGGGGGUCUUCGUGGAAAAGGGACGGCAGGAACUCGAAACGGCCGAGAAUAAGAUUGCCCGUCGGCCGCCUACUUGGUAGAAUUUUAUUUAUGAAUCCUCUAGCCCCGUUGGGCACCGUACGGAAAGAAUGGAUGUCCGAGGGGGGGGAACCACUGUAUUUAGCAAGUUAUACAAUCCGCAUAAUAAAUAUUACGUCCAAACGCUGCCCCUCGCUGAAUUCCUGUUGUGAUUGGUGGGUUUUCACCCCGAAACAUUUCCCCAUAUAAAAAAUAUACAAUGUUCUGGCAACAUUUAAAUAUUCUGAGCGUUACGAGACCCGGGUCGUCUAUGUUGGGGGGGUGAAGAGACAUUUGUCUCCCCGUAUUUAAUCGUAUCACGUUAACGAGCACACGGCGUAGUCGGCCACUUAUAGAAGAUGUUAAAAUACGUGGAUAUUGGGUCUUAGUUUUUAUCCAAAAGCUGUAUUUUUACAUUUUAAGUGCGUACCCCCCCCCCGGACCCUUUAGAGAUGUGGGGGUCCCUGUAAUUGUCUACGAUUGUUUCUGUUGGAGAUAAAAUGACAUUGAAAGGUACGCGAGAGGCAGCUGGACGAGAAGGGAUACCCUGCCGCUAUCCCUGCCCCACACGGCGACUUACGUUCAAUUGCUUUAUUGCUGAAUAUUUUGUAACGAUUGUGAAUCCCCCCCCACGUUCUCUUUAUCCCAGAGAUCUGGCCAGGGGUAUCGGCCAUUAAGAUAUUUUGUUGCAUCUCUCUAGCAAGCAAGGAGUUAAUGGGCCCACUAGAAGCACUUGCCACCGGCAGCUGUUCACGUCGUCACGGGUAAUAUUGUUUCUUGCGCUGGAUCCGUGUGUCAUGUAUGUUUUCCGAUGUCUGUGUUUCAUUGUAAAUAAACGGCUCCCGCAGAAAUUGA